UCUUCGUUUCAUCAGUUAAUCCAUCAGCAUCGAUUCAAUCAUAUGCGUUCGGAUUAAUCAUCAGUUCACCCAAUUCGCGUAACCUAAAUCCCAAUCCCAAAUCGCAAUGGCACUCCGCCGCAGAUUCCAAUCACUCACGCUCCAACACCGCCGCUCAUUCUCAAGCUCCUCCACCACCACCACUCCACGCGGCGGCAAAGAGCAAACCCGCGCCGCCCUCGCCGCCCUCCGCCUCGAGGCCGACCCCGACCGCAUCCUCGACAUCUGGCGCUCCGCCGCCCUAACCCCCGAAUCCCACCUCGACCGCAUCGUCUUCUCCAAAGCCAUCUCCAAACUCAAAGAGCUCAACCGCCACGCCUCCAUCCGCGCCUUCAUCCGCGACUCCAUGGACGCCAACCGCUCCGAGCGCUACGCCGCGCACUGCAUCAUCUCCUACGGCAAGUCCGGCCUCAUCAGCGACGCCGUCGACCUGUUCGACAAAAUGCCUGACUUAGGAAUCGAGAGAAACAUCAAAACCCUCAACUCCCUGCUCUUCUCCUGCCUCCUCGGCCGCGAAUACUCCCUGAUGCGGCGAAUCUUCUUCGAAUUCCCGAGGAAGUACGGGCUCGAGCCGAAUCUGGAGACGUACAACGCCGUUCUGAAGGGGAUAUGCAGCUCCGGAGGGGCGAGGGAGUCGCACUCCAUACUCGCGGAGAUGGAGAGAAAGGGCGUAAAACCGAGCAAACAGACGUUCGCUAGCGUGAUCGAGGGGUUGUACAGCGAGGAGAACUUUGACGACGUCGGGAAGAUGCUGCAUUUGAUGAAGCGAUACGACAUGUCGCCCGGGAUUGGUAUUUACAACGUCAGGAUUCAGUGCUUGUGUAAGCUCGGGAGGUUGGCCGAGGCCAAGGCACUGUUCGAUGGGAUAUUAUCGAAUGGUAUGAAACCGAACUGCCGGACGUAUGGACAUCUGAUCUACGGCUUCUGCCGGCAAGGGGAGCUGGACGCAGCCAAAGAUUUGUACGACGAGAUGGUCGGUAAAGGGUUGAAGGCGGAAGCUGAGUGUUUUUUCACGUUGGUGCAUUUUCUAUGUCAGGGAAAAGAUUUCGAGGGUGCGUUGAGGAUCUGCGACGACUGUAUUUCCAAUGGUUGGUUCCCCAACGUUACGACCAUGAGCACGCUCGUUCGUGGACUGAACUCCACGAACAAGCUUGACGAGGCCAGACGAAUUAUACGACUUCUUAAGAAGAGAUUCCGCAGAAAUGCAGCAAUUUGGGAACAAAUUGAAAUGGAAUUGCCAAAAGAAACAGAUAUUUCUCCUACCGCCUAGUUUUGUUUUCUUCUUAUAUCACUCAACAUUUGCUGUGUCAUAUAUUUUGCUCUUUGCAAUAAUUUAAGUCUACAUUUUAUUCA